CAUUCCGCCAAAUAAGGUAAAGCUUCUCGGAAUUGCAAAUGUCGUUUGGUAAUCAUUCUAAGUAAACAUUUUCCAAGUCUUUUUGUUAAAAUACUAUAUAGUAAAAUCAUUUAUUUAAAUUCUACGUAAUCGAGAAAAUUUUUAAAUUAAAUGGCCUUGUGGGCAAAAGUUAAGCAAUUACAAGGAGAUGCACUGAGACAGGUGCAUACAGUAUAUGGUGACCAUUUUCCAAUUGAAGUAAGAUUUGCCUUGGCACAAUGGAUUGAAGAGAAACCAUGGAUGGAACUAGAUCCCGACAAUCCUCAACAUGAACAGUAUGCUGGAAAUCUAGUUGCAGCUUUAGUCCAAGAAGUUGAAAGUAAAUUAGCAUCAGAAGAAAAUUUUCUUAUACGUUUAAAAUUAAGUGAAGCUGCUACUUUUUUUAAGGAAAAUUAUUUUCAUAAUCCAAAACAAUUGGUAAGAGUUGUGAAACACUGUCUACAGACUGAGAAGAGAACUGUUCAGCAAGCAGAAAAUCUUUUACAAGGUAUGGGAGGAGGACACGUGCAAUUUCCUCCUGAUCCCCAUCAGGAAAUUACAAUGCAAAUUGAAAAACUUCGACAUAAAAGUCAGGAAACUGAUGAAGAUCUUCGAAGAAUGCAGGAAGAACAGGAGACAUUUGUAAUACAAUAUCAAGAAAGUUCGAAAAGACAAGGUUUGUAUCUAAAAUUAAAAUUAUCUAUUUAUAUACAAACUAAUAGCUCGGGAUGCCACCUAGUGGGCAUUCUUUACAAAUUUCCAUGGUGUGAAGCUUUGGCUGAUAUAAUAUGGCAAAAUAGACAACAAAUAAAACGUGUAGAAAUGUUAUGUACGCAGUUACCAAUUUCUAUGCCUGUCAAUGUAACAGAUAAAUUACCAGCAUUGAAUCAACAAAUAACAGGUCUUUUGUCAUCAUUAGUUACAAGGUAUGUAUAUGCUAAAAAUAAUAAUCUUGUGUGUGAAGCUUUGGCUGAUAUAAUAUGGCAAAAUAGACAACAAAUAAAACGUGUAGAAAUGUUAUGUACGCAGUUACCAAUUUCUAUGCCUGUCAAUGUAACAGAUAAAUUACCAGCAUUGAAUCAACAAAUAACAGGUCUUUUGUCAUCAUUAGUUACAAGGAAUUUAUUAUUGAAACCAUGGAAUGACACUGCUGCUGCUAGAAUGCCCACUAGGCUAAAUAGAGUAUAUUAUUGUUCUAUAAUUUAUAUAUAUAUAAUCAAGAUGUUGUUUUUAUUAACUAUAGCCAUAAGGCAUUGCAUUUACAUACUUAAAGGCUUUAAAAAGAUGAAAAGAAUUCUGUCUAAUAACAAUUUGUUUUACAGUGAAUCUCAAGCAAUUGCCUUAUUAAAAAAUGAUAAAGUAGGAAUGGGAGAUGCAAGUGGGGAAAUAUUAAAUAAUACAGGUACUAUGGAAUAUCAUCAAGCAACGAGACAAUUGAGUGUUAGUUUUAGAAAUAUGGUAAGAAACAAUUUUGUUUCUGUGAUGGAUGAAAAAUUUUCCUUGUUAUUUCAAUCUCAGUUUAAAGUUGGUGGUGGUGAAUUAGUAUUUCAAGUAUGGACAUUGUCCUUACCAGUAGUAGUUAUUGUUCAUGGCAAUCAAGAACCACAUGCUUGGGCAACAGUGACAUGGGAUAAUGCUUUUGCUGAACCAGUGUAUAGAAACACAUCUACCUUCCAUCAGGGCAGGGUUCCCUUCCAAGUACCUGAAAAAGUGAAAUGGUACCAGAUGGCAGAAGUUCUCAGCACAAAAUUCAAGGCCACAACAGGCAGAGAAUUAUCAGAAGACAAUCUUCGUUUUUUGGCUGGGAAAGCUUUUAGAAAUGCUCAAUUACAAGAUGCAAACAAUAUGCUAUUAACAUGGUCUCAGUUUUGUAAAGAGCCAUUACCUGAAAGAAACUUCACUUUUUGGGAGUGGUUUUAUGCGAUAAUGAAAGUUACUAGGGAACAUCUGAGAGGACCUUGGAAUGAUGGUUUAAUCCUGGGAUUUGUUGCAAGACGAAAAGCUGAAGAAAUGUUGCUCAAACGAUGUAAUGGAACAUUUUUAUUAAGAUUCAGUGAUUCUGAACUUGGUGGAGUAACUAUUGCAUGGGUUACAGAGGCUCAGCCACAGUCAGAUAUUCAAGAAGUGUUCAUGUUACAACCAUUUACUGGCAGAGAUUUUGCAAUUAGGAGUUUGGCUGAUAGAAUAUAUGAUUUAAAAACUUUGUUGCAUUUAUAUCCAGAUAUUCCAAAAGAUCAGUGUUUUGGAAAAUACUAUACACCUAUUUCAGAAAACCAAGCAUCAACUAACAAUGGUUAUGUAAAGCCGGUUCUUGUAACACAAAUACCUGGAUGGCAGUUUAUGAAUGAUAGUAGUUAUCCAUCUACUCCCCAAUCAUUGAUGCAUCCACAAUCACCUGAUCCUGCAUAUCAAGAUGGUGCUUCUGUUAAUAGCUGUGCUGAUCAUGCUAUGAAGUAAGUUUUCUUCUGGAUAAAAUACUACCAAAUUGUGGUUGAUUAUAACAGUGACUAGUCAGUGAUGGCAAUUGGUAUGCCCUUAUUUUACUUCUGGCAAAAUACUUGUAUAAAUUUGGGACCACCAAAUUUUGUGAAGUUAGAUUGUGGUCAGUCACAUUUUUGCACAAAAGUAUUUUUUCAUAAAUGUUUCAUUAGCUACUUCAAUUCAUUUUUAUAUCAUAAAUGACACAAUACAUGCAUCACAUCACCUAUUGUGCCUUGUUUGUGGAAUUAGUUAACAUUAUAUAUUUGCAUUUAUUAAAAAAAUACUAUAAAAUAAAUUUAUUAUUUAUCUUUUAAAAUAUCAGUAAAAAUGAUAUCUCAAAAAAAUAUUGUGAUUAUGUUUAUCUCAUCAUCACUAUGUGAAAAUUAACAUUUUAAAUAUGAGUAGAAGAAACAGGCGUGUCUGUGUGUGUGUGUGUGUAUAUAUCUGAUAAAUUA